AGAGCCGCGCUGGAGACCGGCGGGGCGCGCCCGGCCCCGGCUGCCCACCGACGGCCACCCCGGCUGCCCACCGACGGCCACCCCGACGGCCACCCCAGCCCCGCGCUACCCAGCCGGCCUCGGCCUCCCGCCGCCACCGCUGCUCCGGGGUUUUUUUUUUUCCCCCCCUCCUCCUGUCCUUUCUCUCCUGCAACUUGCAAAAGUUUCUCCUCACGCCCUUUUUUUUUUUUUUUUUUGACUUAGAGGGGUAGAGUAAAAUAAUAAUAAACUUUUGCAAACUUUUUCCAGUUUUCUCCCUCCUCUCCCCAGCCGGGCUUCACGCUGGUGAAGACUUCGUCUCUCCUACUUUUACUUUUUUAACCCUUCCCUACCCCUUAGCCACCUGAUUUUUUUUUUUUUAUUUUUUUCAUCCCGUUCCCCCCUCUGCCACUUUCUCGCAUGAAUCUCCUAGACCCCUUCAUGAAAAUGACAGAAGAACAGGACAAAUGUAUCUCCGACGCCCCCAGCCCCACCAUGUCGGAUGACUCUGCCGGGUCACCCUGCCCCUCUGGAUCCGGCUCGGACACGGAGAACACCAGACCCCAAGAAAACACCUUCCCCAAGGGUGACCCGGACCUGAAGAAGGAGAGCGACGAGGACAAGUUCCCGGUGUGCAUCCGAGAGGCGGUGAGCCAAGUGCUCAAAGGCUACGACUGGACCCUGGUGCCCAUGCCGGUCCGGGUGAACGGAUCCAGCAAAAACAAGCCCCACGUGAAGAGACCCAUGAACGCGUUCAUGGUGUGGGCACAGGCGGCCCGGAGGAAGCUGGCUGACCAGUACCCGCAUCUGCACAACGCGGAGCUCAGCAAAACCCUGGGCAAGCUCUGGAGGCUGCUGAACGAGAGCGAGAAGCGUCCCUUCGUGGAAGAGGCCGAGCGGCUGCGGGUGCAGCACAAGAAGGACCAUCCCGACUACAAGUACCAGCCGCGGCGGAGAAAGUCGGUGAAGAACGGGCAGUCGGAGCAGGAGGAAGGCUCCGAGCAAACCCACAUCUCCCCCAACGCCAUCUUCAAGGCGCUGCAGGCAGACUCCCCGCAGUCGUCCUCCAGCAUCAGCGAGGUGCACUCCCCCGGGGAGCACUCGGGGCAAUCGCAGGGCCCCCCCACGCCACCCACCACCCCCAAGACGGACGCGCAGCCAGGCAAGCAGGACCUGAAGCGGGAGGGCCGCCCUCUGCAAGAAGGCAGCCGGCAGCCGCCCCACAUCGACUUCCGAGACGUGGACAUCGGCGAGCUCAGCAGCGACGUCAUCUCCAACAUCGAGACCUUUGACGUCAACGAGUUCGAUCAGUACCUCCCCCCCAACGGCCACCCGGGGGUCCCGGCCACCCACGGGCAGCCCGGCCAGGUCACCUACACCGGCAGCUACGGCAUCAGCAGCACGUCGGGCUCGCAGACCGGGGCCGGCCACGUCUGGAUGUCCAAGCAGCAGCCGCAGCCCCCGCCGCAGCCCCAGCCGCAGCACGGGCUGCCGGCGCUGAGCGGCGAGCAGGGCCAGGCGCAGCAGAGGACGCACAUCAAGACGGAGCAGCUCAGCCCCAGCCACUACAGCGAGCAGCAGCAGCAUUCCCCGCAGCAGAUCAACUACAGCUCCUUCAACCUCCAGCACUACAGCUCCUCCUACCCCACCAUCACCCGCUCCCAGUACGACUACACCGACCACCAGAACUCCAGCUCCUACUACAGCCACGCCGCCGGCCAGAGCAGCAGCCUCUACUCCACCUUCACCUACAUGAACCCCACGCAGCGCCCCAUGUACACCCCCAUUGCAGACACUUCUGGGGUCCCCUCCAUCCCCCAGACUCACAGCCCGCAGCACUGGGAACAGCCCGUCUACACACAGCUCACCAGACCCUAAAGCCAUUUAACAUAAAAAUAAAUAAAAAAAGAAAUUUAAAAAAAAAAAAAGUCAAAAAAGCACGAAAGAAGCAACAAGAGGAGGAACGGAGAACUUCCUCAGACUUUUUCCUUCUUUGAAACUAAAAUAAUAAUUAAAAUAGACGCUAAAGUUAAAGCUGGUGGGGAGGAGAGAGCGCCUCGAGCCUUCUGCACUACAGCAUCCUCCGGGAAGUGGCCAGGCCGCUCCAAGAACCAGCAAAACUCGGUACAGACUUUCCAAGGACUGGACUUUUAACUCUGCUUCCAGGGCGCGGCGUGGAGAUGAGAUUUCUAACCAACCAGCUCAGCUGUCUUGUUCUCUGGACUUUUGUAAUGAUUUUUUUUUUUUUUAGCAGUAAUUAAAAAGAAGAAAAAAAAAUGGGGGG